AUGUCCCGUAAGCUGUUGACAGCCUUGGCCUUUGCCCCGGUAGUGGCUGCAAAUACCUGCCCGGGCUCUAAGUCGCUGAUUCACGCCAGCUGUCAGGUUGAGGUGACAGCGCAGGCUUCAUGCAAGGAUGUCAUGGCCGAGAUGCAAGCUCGAGUAGCUGGCAUCAGCACCGGAGCAUGGCAUGAUCCUCACAACAACGGCAUCUACAGCCUGGAAGAGCAUAGCGAUGAUGAGCUGGAAUUCCAGCGUGUCACAGGCAACAAGAAGUACACAGACAAGAUCAAAUUCACCUUCGAGGACGGCACAGGCUUCUGCAAGAUCCAAGGCUGCAGCGAGAGUCAGGUGUUCUCGAUCGGGGAUUUCAGUACCAACUACUGCAACAUGCGGAUGCUGUACUGUGGCUCUGCUGACGGCUGCAAGCCGGUGGGGAAGGACUUUGCCAUUACCGAAACCAACGUGAGCCCAUCCUUUGGAGCAUCCAAGAACGCUGGAGACUGUCUGAAGACCGUCAGCUCAGACUUCUUGGUUUCCCCAUUCCAGCCGGCUUCUCAGUGCCCACCCACAGAUUUUGAGUCCAUUCAGGAUUUUGACCUGGACGGCUUCAUUUCCAAGCGGUGGUACGUUCAACAGCAGAUGGAGGUCAAGUACCUUCCCAAGUCCGAGAAUCGCUGUGUCUACGCUGAGUACAAGCUUCAGGAGAAGAAAACCUUUUGGCGUUAUGAUGUUGCUGUGCACAACUAUGCAGAGGGUGUGCAGCCCCCUCAUACGCCCUAUGACUCUGGAAGCAAGCUCUGUGCAAAGUUGGUGGACAAGACGCGCGGGCAGUUGGAGGUAGCUCCUUGCUUUUUGCCUUCCUUUUUGGCUGGCCCUUAUUGGGUCCUUGACUAUGAUGAGGCUGCCGGCUAUGCCUUGAUUUCUGGCGGGCCUCCCAAGAUUGCCACUGAUGCAGGCUGCAAAACUGGCUCCUCGACCAACAACGCGGGACUGUGGAUUUUCACUCGAAAGCAGACCCGUGACGAUGCUCUGGUUGAGAAGGUCAGGACAAUUGCGGCCAAGAAAGGCUUUGACCUUUCUGUCCUUAAUGAUGUGGACCAGAGUGACUGUGAAACAGUCACACAGAUGGUUAUGUGA